UAGUGGUCAGGUCGCACCAGUGAAACAUGAUUUUAUCUGCAAACAUGCACCAUGACUCCAAAUUGUGGCUUGUUCAGGCUGUGCAUUGCCACAUCCAUAAACUAGUCAGGGCUAAGCUCAUAUAUAUAUUCCACCGUGGCUCAAGUCUGCUUCGAUAAGACCUCCAUCCACUCAUCUCGGUCCAUUUACUACUUUUUUGCGCAAUGGUAUCGAGUCGGCUCCGAUCUCUCAAUGACCCUGACGUUGUGUGUCACUCAUGUUUACAUUAUGUGUCUCUUGCAUCAGUACUUACCUUUGUGGUUGCUAUCUGGUGCAUCUACGUGGGUUGGCCAUGGUAUCGCAACUGGACACGGGCAAAGGAACUGCAUGUGCCUCUUAUCCUAAGUCCUAUCUCUACCAGCGGUGUCGCAUUGGGAUUACUGAGAUAUAUACUGGAUCUCGAUAUCUUACCAACUUAUAUAACUCGAUUUCCGUUUAUUAGACUGAUCCGCAGAAAUUCGAGAUUCCAGGAAAAGUUCGCGGUCCAUGCCGAAUAUGGAAAGCUAUUCGUCUUGGUCACGCCGACGGCAUGUGAGCUCUACGUAGCAGAUGUGGAUGCCGCAAAGCAAGUGCUUGCACGGUGGAGAGACUUUCCAAAACCGAGAAGCCUUCUAGAAAAAAUGAAUGUCUUCGGUAAAAACCUAGCUACGGUAGAAGGGGCUGAUUGGCAACGUCACCGAAAAUUGACCGCGCGUGCAUUCCAUGAGAAACUGCACGAGGUAGUUUGGGUCGAAUCGGUGAGAAACGCUUCAAAAGUCCUAAAGCAAUGGACGAACACCAAGUCCGUCUACAGUACGCGGUCCGAUAUGAUGACGCUGAGCCUGGGUGUGCUUUUUAAGGCGUGUCUUAAUAUUGAUGGGGUCGAUAAAGAUGAUACUAGGAUGCUAGCGGGUGACGUUGCCGCCUGUCAAUGGCAUCUGCAUGUGGUCCUAACCGGGAUAUCAAACCCAAUGGCUCUAGGCCACGGAGUUAGGGGAAUAAAGAAACUCAAGGCGAGCUAUAAAGCCUUGGGCGAGUUAUUGACCGAGUUUGUGGACGCCCGAACGGCACGAUCAAGACAGGCGACGCACACAGAUCUCUUGUCGUCAAUCCUCGCUCCAACAGAUCAUCGUGGUCUAUCCAGCGAUGAAGUCACGGGCAAUCUGUUUCUCUUCAUGUUUGCCGGCCACGAGACCACUGCGAAUGCUUUGAUCUAUAUCAUUCAUCUCAUGGCGAUAUUCCCAGCCUGGCAGGACUGGGCGCUAGAAGAGAUUGACCGAUUGUUGUACGAUCGAGCUAAUGAAGAAGUUCCGUCCUAUAGGCAGAUUCUGCCACAAAUACAACGACUGCGAGCAAUUCUGUAUGAGACUCUUCGGCUCUACGGCCCCGUGCCGACAAUAGUGCGACAGACAGAUUCCAAGGCACAGGCCCUAGUGUUGUCCGAACAAGAGAUCAUAAUCCCCAAGGAUACACCUGUAAAUGUCAAUACCAUAGCCUUACAUACAGAUCCCAAGCAGUGGGGUCCAGACCCUCUGACUUGGAGACCCGAUCGGUGGAUAUCGCAGGAGUCCGACUCAUCUUUGCAAAUCGUUUCAAAUGAACUUCUCAGGUACCUCUUCGCCUGGGGAGACGGGCCGCGGUUGUGUCCAGGACAGAAGUUCUCGCAGACCGAGGUCUUCGCGGUCCUUCUCUGCCUUUUUAAAAGCCACCGUGUGGAGCUAGUGCCUUCUCCUGACCAAACUAUGGAUCAGGCAAGAUCUCAUGCACUUUCCUUGAUCCAGAACAGUAUGGUGGGCCUUACGUUGCAGAUGCCAUAUGCCGAGUCAGUAGGCCUUCGAUGGGUGGGGCGAUAACUCUAAGCAUAAUUAAUUGAAUUGUUAAUUUUAUCUGUAUCUUAUUCUAUACGUUCGCAUUUCGAACCUCAACCCGUUGGAGAAUUUACCCAGAGUCUGGGACUUGUGGUUUAAAUAAAAUGUGCAUGAUUACUAGUGAAAAAUCUCUCGAAGACUAAAUGUGC